CGAUAUCACGGAUCGGUUCGGUUGUACUCUGCAUCGUCCUCUUGGCCCACAUAUAUACGCGUCCUUGUCGUUCUUUGGAUAACCUGUUAUAAUCGUGUAGUAAUCAGAUCGUCGUGUUUGCGGUGGAUUCUAUUCAGUAACCUCGAAAAACUCAGUGAACAAACUUUGUGUUAAACGUUAUGUGUUAAGUGUGCCAGUGUGUUAGACAUUAAACAGUGAUUUAAUAACUAUGUUCGCCAUCUGCAACAGAGCAUACAUUGUGUCGCUGUGUUUCCUACACGUUAUUGUCGCCACAUCUGCUGCUAAAGGACAGUACCGGGCUCCCCGUAUCACGGAACACCCCAGUGACGUCACGGUAGGUAGGAACGAGCCCGUCACCCUCAACUGCCAGGCGGAUGGACGGCCGGAGCCCCGGAUCACGUGGUACAAAGACGGCCGGCCGGUGGACGAGGCCCGCACACACCGUGUGGUCCUGCCGGUCGGGUCCUUGUUCUUUCUGAAGGUCCUGCACGGCAAGAAGGACUCGGACAGUGGCGUCUACUGGUGCGUUGCCACCAACAUCGCCGGAUCCGUUGCCAGCAGGAAUGCCACGCUUCAAGUUGCAGUGCUGAGAGAUGACUUCCGGAUGGAACCUAAAGACACAAAAGUGGCUGUGGGGGACAAGACUCUAUUAUAUUGCAGCCCGCCGAAGGGAGUGCCAGAUCCUAUUGUUCAUUGGAAGAGGAAUGGAGAAAUCAUCAACCUGGAAGCGUUUGACAGGUACAGGAUCGUGGAUGGGGGAACUCUGCAAAUCUCCAGCACUCAGGUAUCAGACAGUGGGAAGUACCAGUGUGUGGCACAGAACCUAGUCGGAACACGAUACAGUGACAUCAUCACCCUCAAAGUUCACAAGAAGCCGUACAUGGUGAGUGAACCCCGUGACAUGGUAUCCGUGGCCGGAGACAGUGUAGAGUUCUUCUGUGACGUUGGCGGGGACCCAGUACCACGUGUUACAUGGCGGCGCAGUGAAGCCAAAAUGCCCGUUGGCCGUGCACAUGUCCUCGAUGAUCGCACACUUCGCAUAGAGCAGACUAGACCGGUUGACCAGGGAGUGUACGUGUGUGACGCAGAAAAUGAUGUUGGCUCAAUCACCGCCUCUGCUGUACUCACUGUUCAUGCUCCACCAGAGUUCCUGCGACCUCCAGAGAACAUGAAGGUUGCGCUACACACAGAGGCUCAGCUCGACUGUCAGGUGACAGGAAACCCCACCCCUUCUGUGUUCUGGAGUCGAGAGGGUAGCCAGAUCCUCAUGUUUCCUGGCCGAAAGUAUGGCCAUAUCUCGGUCAGUGAGGAGGGAACCCUGAGACUGGAGGUGCGAAGAGAGGAUGCUGGGUACUACAUGUGUUCAGCUGUCAGCGUUGCCGGCAGUGCCUCAGCAAUUGCAUUCUUACAGGUUUUGCUGAAGGAAGACAUCCCACCGCCCUUGAUGGAAGUGGGCCCAAUGAACCAAACCAUGCCCAUUAAUGCCUCCACCUCUCUCUCGUGUCAGGCUAGAGGCCUGCCUCUCCCGGACAUCAAAUGGUACAAAGAUGGUUCUCCUCUCACCCCUCAGAGUGAUUCGUACCGAAUAAGCCUCUGGCAGAAUGGGACCCUGCACAUAGAAGGGCUACAGUUGAGUGACUCAGGGCUGUACACAUGCACUGCCACUUCAGCUAGUGGAGAGAGUGGGUGGUCUGCCUCUCUGGUGGUGGACCCUCUCCUUCCAACUCUCAACUCCAGUUUGGAACCCUUAUCUCGAUUGCCACCAUCACCAGACCGACCCAGAGUGGUCAACGCCACCCAGACAUCUCUCUCAGUUGCCUGGUCACUGCCUCAUGACUCCACAUUAGUUACCGGGUACUCUUUAGACUACUACAGCCCGGACCUUCAGACUGGAUGGGUUAAUGUUGCCCGAGGUUUGAACUCAACAGUAUUUGAGGUAACAGAUCUUAAACCUGACACGAGCUAUAUUUUUGUGGUAAGAGCAGAGAGUGAGGAAGGCUUGUCGUUGCCCAGCCUGCUCUCUGUAGUGGCUCGUACUCUGAGCUCUAGUGAUGAGCUACAGGACACCCAGAAGCUAGAGCUCGCCAGGAUCAGGCUCACUACCAGGCCUCAGAUUACUCUGACAGAUGUCCAGGCCAUUAGUUCUACAGCAGUCACGCUGUUCUGGCAGAUCCAUGACUCCAGAGAGUUGAUGGAAGGGCUGCAUAUCCGAUACCGGGAUUUAACCAGUGGUGUGGAAGUUUUCAAAUUGGCCACAUUGUUCAACAUGGAUGCUACGUCACACACCCUUACCAAGCUGCACAAGUAUGCUCGCUACCAAUUGUUCCUGGUGCCAUUCUACAAGACAGUGGAUGGGCAGCCCUCCAACGCCAUGGAGGUUCAGACAUUGGAAGAUGUGCCUUCUGCCCCACCACAGCACCUGGAAGUAGCUUGGGUGAACUCAUCCUCAGCUUUCGUUCACUGGUCUCCUCCCCCACCACAACACUGCAAUGGCGAUCUUCUUGGAUAUGAGCUUGUGUUACAAGACGGGGACAGUCUGUUGGUCAGGACUCUUCGGCUUAACUCGUCAGCCAUGUCUGUGCUGGUGAACAACUUGACAGUGGGUCACGUCUACACUGCGAGUCUGAAGGCUUUCACCCGCUUAGGACCUGGGCCGGCUGCCAGGGUGAAGAGUUUGAGGGGUCCUGGUACAUUCACAUCACUGCCGCCGCAGCAGAUCUGGCUGGUGCUGACCGCAGCUGUGACUGCGGUGGUGCUAGUAUCAGUCUCCGCAGCCACCCUUUACCUACGGCGGCGAAAUUCUCUCACCAAGCAAAUUGGACAUCUAUCAGCGGUGAAUGCUUCGGAUCUUCCUCACCUGGGACUAAUGAGCGGUGUAAAGGAGGCACUUUGGAUAGAAGUGCCCCACGAGAACCUUGGACCACGUAAACACAUCACACUCGAGGGUAGCGACUACGCAGAGGUUGAUACUCAGAACCUGAGCAGCUUCUAUAACAGUCGAGGGCAUAAGGAGAUAGUGACUGCAACACCCACACCAUAUGCCACAACAGUUCUUGUGCCCAACACUCACCUCCACGCAGACAGUUGCAGCGAGACAGGUCCUCUGAUUAUCCCUGUGUCCAGUUCAUCCUCUGGCACUAAGACGUCUGUCUCAGGAGACUCUUGGCUGCGGCAGGAACAGAACAAGUCCACUCUAGAAGUCAAAGAUGAAGAAUUGAGAUGUCAGCAGUGUCUGGGGGUAAAAGACUGUGCCGUACCAAAUUGGAAUGAUUUCCUACCCCCACCUCCCCAGCAUCCACCACCUCCUAGACCUCAGGGUUUGUGUGGGAGUCCUCCAAUGUCCAAGAAGAGCCAAGGCAGCUGCAGCCACCAUUCAAGAGACAGCAACCAGGGUUCAGCAGUCUACAGUCAGUGCUGGCAGAACAGCUCUCAGGUGCCGAGUUUUCCAUCGGGUUACCACACUGGUAGUAGCACUGGUAGUUCCUGCAAGUGCCGCCAGAGCAUGCAACCGUGCAGGGGAUCCAAUUCUCAGGAGAAUACUCUGUGCAGCCGGCAUCAUGAACUUAUCCACAGGCAUGAUCACAGCCACUGCCCUUGCUGUUGUCAGAGUGAAAGGAAUAGUCAGAGACACAUUCACACUGUGUCUGGUGAGAGGGUUUGGGAAGAUGGCAGCUACAGCAGCACCAGCUGUUCCUGCAGUGAGGAAACCACCUCCUUGCAGUGCACAUUCUGUCAGAAUAACUCAAAGGAUUGUCCGAUUCACUGAUAUUCAGCCGUUGGUACAGUAUCAUUGUGACAUCUAUUCUCAGAUGAACAUAACCUUCCCAACGCUAACAUAACCAACACAAUUUAGCCAGGGGCUGCCAAGUAUAUGUCUCACCAUACUACAGUGUUGCCAAUAGUCUGUGAUAAUAACCUCUGUAAGUGUUAAUGUGUAUGUAGUUUAAUGUUUAUAUGUAUAUACAUUUGUACUUGUAUUUAUUAAAACGUUGUGACUUAGA